GAAACGCCCAUUGAGGAGAGAGAGAGAGAGAGGAGGAGAGACCGAGUGAGGGAGCUCCCCUCCCCGGUCAACACGCCCUUCUCGUUUCCUCCCCUUCCUCCAAUUCAACGUUCAAACCUCUCUCUCUCUCUCUGACCUCUGGACGCCAUUGACGACCAUUCCCCUCCCCAUUAAAACCCUAACCUCCCCUCCCUCUAUCCUCAUCCCUAUCCCUAUUGGUCUGCCCUGCCCUCCCUCCUUAGAUCUCUCUCUCGCGAUUGGCAGCGGUUCGGACGACCGGCGAAGAUAACGAUGGUGAGAUUGCCGUACUUGACCGCGCUCACGACCCUCUUCAGCUACGGCCUCCUCUUCGCCUUCGGGCAGCUGCGGGAUUUCUUCCGGAAGCUCAUUGAUUGGUCCAAAUCCAAAGACCUCAAGGGUUAUGCGCCGAUCUGCUUGGGCCUCGAGGAUUUUUACACCCGUCGCCUCUAUCUCCGCAUUCAGGACUGUUUUGGCCGGCCAAUUGCAAGUGCCCCAGAUGCUUGGAUUGAUGUGGUUGAGCGUUAUUCAAAUGACAAUAACAAGACACUACACCGGACCUCAAAUACUACUAAAUGUCUCAACCUUGGUUCAUAUAAUUACCUUGGGUUUGCAGCAGCAGAUGAAUACUGCACGCCCCGUGUUAUUGAGUCUCUAAAGAAAUACUCACCCAGUACCUGUAGUGUUCGUGUUGAUGGCGGCACGACUAAACUGCACACAGAGCUGGAGGAGCUGGUUGCACGAUUUGUUGGAAAGCCAGCUGCUAUACUUUUUGGCAUGGGUUAUGUGACAAACUCCGCUAUCAUUCCUGCUCUGAUUGGGAAGGGAGGGCUGAUAAUUAGUGAUUCUCUGAACCACAACUCAAUUGUCAAUGGUGCUCGAGGGUCAGGUGCAACAGUGCGUGUGUUCCAACAUAAUAACCCCUCUCACUUGGAAGAGGUGUUGAGAGAGCAGAUAGCUGAGGGACAGCCUCGAACACAUAGACCCUGGAAGAAAAUCAUCGUUAUUGUUGAGGGCAUUUACAGCAUGGAAGGAGAGCUAUGCAAACUUCCUGAGAUCAUAGCUGUGUGCAAGAAAUAUAAGGCAUACACAUACUUGGAUGAAGCCCACAGCAUUGGCGCAAUUGGAAAAUCAGGAAGAGGUGUUUGCGAGCUCCUAGGAGUGGAUCCUGCUGAUGUAGAUAUUAUGAUGGGAACAUUUACAAAAUCAUUCGGAUCUUGUGGAGGUUAUAUUGCAGCAUCAAAGGAAAUCAUCCAAUAUCUGAAGUACACUUGCCCUGCGCAUCUUUAUGCAACUUCCAUGUCACCACCUGCUGUGCAACAGGUUAUAUCUGCAAUUAAAGUUAUUCUUGGAGAAGAUGGGUCUAACAGAGGGGCCCAGAAACUUGCACGCAUUCGUGAGAAUAGCAAUUUCUUCCGAUCAGAACUUCAGAAAAUGGGUUUCGAGGUUCUUGGGGACAAUGACUCACCAGUUAUGCCUAUAAUGCUUUACAACCCAGCAAAAAUUCCAGCCUUCUCUAGGGAGUGUCUCAGACAGAAUGUUGCUGUUGUGACUGUUGCAUUCCCCGCAACCCCUCUUCUCCUGGCAAGGGCUCGUAUCUGCAUAUCUGCUUCGCACACCAGAGAAGACCUGAUUAAAGGCCUGGAGGUUAUCAGCAAAGUUGGUGACCUUGUGGGCAUCAAAUACUUCCCUGCAGAACCACCUAAGCAUGAGCAGGACAGGAAGAAGCUGGAAUAGCAAAAUUUCAGUUGCAGAGAUCCACCACUGCAAAAUACUCUCACGGUAGCAAACCAUCUAGCAAGUGCCCAAGAUAGGUUAUUCCUAUGUCCUUUGGAGCUGUUCUUCUGAGGUUGACCUUUGUUCAUAUAUCACACGCCAAAUUGUUUUCCAGCUGACUACAAUUUAUAUACAUUUCAUGUUCUUUUUCAUGUGUAUAACUAGUACAAUAAUUUUGUGCGGAUUGAGUGUGCCUUUUCUUUCUGGCAUCCAUACAAUCUUGACUCUGGUGGAUUUCCUUAUCGAACCCAAGUUAUAUCAACACCAAGACCUUCGUGAGAAA